CUUUGAUAUUGUUACCCAAUAAAACAAUAAUUUUUAAUUCGAGCCAUUUGUGUCUUCUGAUCAGCCGUCGGAUUUCUGCUUCAAUACUGACGCGGGCAAUAUUUUUGUUUAAUUUUUUUGAUUGGUACGGCAUGCUUCAUUGUUAAUUAAAAAGUUAAAUAAUUCGGAAGAAUCUCAGUAAAUUAAAAUUCUUCUUAUUUGUUUGUGCUGUAUAUAUACCUCUUCCAGUUGUGUCAUGUGCUGCAGAUAUUUUGUUUAAGGCUUAACAAAGUUUGACAAUAAGAAUCCAGAUAUAUUAAAUCACUUCUUGUUAUUCCUGAGCCAUAAAAUGUUUUCGAUAACACAGCUUAUAGUUCUGCUUAUAAUUUGUGAAACGACAGUUUUGAGUGUUUGUCAAAAUGAAUACUCAUUUACAAGGGCAAAAUUGCGAAGGGAAACUACAAGCGGCAGGAAAGAGUCAAAUUCAAAAACUCAAACGACUAAGGCUGAAGUGGACGAAAUAAUACCAAAAAUCUUCUCCGUGAGUAAUCCUGGCCUUGUACUGUUCAACAUUUCUAACAACCCCAGUGAAAGAAAUAUUGCCACAAAUGAACAACAACAAGAUCACUCUUUUAAUGAGAAACAAGAUUUUAAAGUGCAAAGAAAUCCAGAUGGUAAGCUGAAUAUAGUUUUUAAUGAUGUCUUUUUCCCCCAGAAGUCGUCAACAUCGCAGCGCAGUAAUACGCCAAUUGCAGAAAGGACUCCGAGACCUGUUUCUCAAAAUAGGAAUCCACCAAAAGAUUUUUACUUUCCUGAUGAAAUUGAUUCUGAACCAAAAUGCCAGGAGAAGGGAAAAUCAUUUUGUACAGACGUGCAAAAUUAUCCUGAAGAUAAGCUUGAGGAUAUUCUGAAGGAUCAAAUUUCUAAAUUUUAUGUUUUAUUCGGAGACGAUGAAAUUCCUCAACCGCUAAAUAUAAGCCAACGUAUAAGUCCUGGUGAGGAUUCUCUUUGUAAGAGCUACGAAAGGGUUAUUUAUCCUAAGGCAGCAGAAUCAAAGGAUCUGAAGUGGAUGUAUAUCAUUAACCAACAGAAUUACACUCAAGCUGUGGCAAUAGAAGAAUGCGUGAAUCCCGACUCGGCAUGUAUGUUUGCUGAGAGUUUUCCAAAUGGAUAUGUGACAAUGUGUAAACAAAACUUUAAGUAUCGACAGUUAGUUGCAUUAUCGAAAAGUGGUGAAAUUGUAACAGACAUUUUCAAGUUACCGUCAUGCUGUAAAUGUAUUUUUAAACAAAAAAUAUAAAUAUUUAUACUAUUUAAA